AUGACUGUUGUCAACACCGUCGCGCAGCAGCUGCCUGGCCAUGGGCAGACCGUGUGUGUCACCGGCGCUGCCGGAUACAUCGCGUCUUGGCUCGUCAAGCUGCUGCUGGAGAGAGGCUACACCGUGAAGGGCACAGUGAGGAACCCAGAUGAUCCCAAGAACGCUCACCUGAAGGCGCUGGACGGCGCCGUCGAGAGGCUGAUCCUCUGCAAAGCCGACCUCCUCGACUACGAUGCCAUAUGCGCCGCCGCCGAGGGCUGCCACGGCGUGUUCCACACCGCCUCCCCAGUCACCGAUGAUCCUGAGCAGAUGGUGGAGCCGGCGGUGCGGGGCACGGAGUACGUGAUCAACGCAGCGGCGGAUGCAGGAACGGUGCGCCGGGUGGUGUUCACAUCGUCCAUCGGCGCCGUCACCAUGGACCCCAACCGCGGUCCUGACGUAGUUGUCGACGAGUCCUGCUGGAGCGACCUCGAAUUCUGCAAGAAGACCAAGAACUGGUACUGCUACGGCAAGGCCGUGGCGGAGCAGGCCGCGUGGGAGGCAGCCAGGAAGCGUGGCAUCGACCUCGUUGUCGUGAACCCUGUGCUCGUGGUCGGGCCGCUGCUGCAGCCAACGGUGAACGCUAGCGCCGCACACAUCCUCAAGUACCUCGACGGCUCGGCCAAGAAGUAUGCCAACGCCGUGCAGUCAUACGUGGACGUGCGUGAUGUAGCCGACGCGCACAUCCGCGUGUUCGAGGCGCCCGAGGCCUCGGGCCGGUACCUCUGCGCCGAGCGCGUGCUGCACCGUGGGGACGUUGUCCAAAUCCUCGGCAAACUCUUCCCUGAGUACCCUGUGCCAACAAGGUGCUCUGACGAAGUGAACCCACGGAAGCAGCCUUAUAAGAUGUCCAACCAGAAGCUGCAGGAUCUUGGCCUCCAGUUCACUCCUGUGAACGACUCUCUGUAUGAGACCGUGAAGAGCCUCCAGGAGAAGGGACACCUCCUAGUACCAAGCAAAAAUAUACCAGAGGGAUUGAACGGUGUAACGGCAUGAUGCUGCUAAAGAAGCAGCGGAGUUCACGUGCUCCUGUAACAUGGUGAAACAUCAGUUGUUUUUCUGUAUAAAUUCUAUCCAGUAUCGUGUUAUUUAAGUGAACUAAGAGAACAGAAUAUUGUAUCAUCUUCGAUGUCCAAUACCUGGAAGGGAUUGUUUUUUUGCAACC